UGGAGUUACAGAUUGUUGUGAGCCACCAAGUGAGUGCUUGGAAUUCAAACUGAAUCCUCUGUAUGAGCAGCCAAGGCUCUUUAACCUCUGAACCAUUAGCUCCCAAAACCAGUGUUUUGAGAGGGAGGCAGGACAGAACAUGGGUGCCUCUAAAAAUACCUUCCCUCUCUAGAAAGCUUUAGACACAGGCGUUCAUCUCUGGAUAGCUUGGAGAGGUGAGGGAAGAGCCCAACACUGUUAUUAGAGCUGUUGCUGCUGCCAGUGGCAUGUCCCAGGACUCCCUAAUCACUGUGUACUCUUCAGAGCUGGAGCUGGGUGCUGGAGGGGUGCUCUGACUAUGUGUUCCUGAUAAGAGACGUUUGUGUAAGAGACGAGGACCUGAUGAGGUUGUCAGAGGCCAGAAUUAAUUAUGAGAAGUUAAUGGAGCUGAUAGGCCCACUGUUCCUGCCCACAAAUUCCCUGGCUCCAUAAGGUACCAUUUCUGCAACGGCCACUGGCCCAGCUUUUUGAAGCAAAGUCUUGGAGGUGGAGGGGAAGAAGAGGGCGGAGCUAGAACCUUGUGUUUGAUGGGGAGGAAGGUCAGCUUUGCGCAGGAUUUAGUUCCAUCCGGAGGAGGAGGAGCCACCGGGUUCUGGGUGGUUGCUAGGUGACCUAGGAGUGGUAGCUCCACCCCCAUGGAGCCGAGGAGGGUGGGUGCAUGACGUCAGGUGGAGCUGCUGCUGCUGCUGCUGCUGCUGCGGCCACUGAGGCUGCCAUCAGCUUAAGCUGGCGACCUGGGCCAAGCAAGGCUCCCGAGCCUGCCGGAACCUGCCGGAGCUCGCAAUCGUCUGCUAUCUUGCUGCGCACCUGCCAGGGCCUCCGUGUCACCACAGCAGCCUUUUGCGGCCCGGAGGCUGAGGCUGCAUUGUUGGGAUUUGAUGCACUAAUCUCCUGUCUCCGCCGCCUUUCCCUCCCUCCCUUCGUCCGUCUUUCCUCCCUGUUUGUCUGCCCUCCUCUGUCCACCCUCUCUCUCCUCUUCCUUGCAUUCUGUGGUUUUCCGCAAUGAUGAGACAGGCACCGACAGCCCGAAAGACCACAACUCGGCGGCCCAAGCCGACUCGCCCAGCCAGUACUGGGGUGUCAGGGGCCAGUAGCUCCCUGGGCCCCUCUGGAUCAGCAUCAGCCGGUGAACUGAGCAGCAGUGAGCCCAGCACCCCAGCCCAGACUCCGCUGGCAGCGCCUAUUAUCCCCACGCCAGCCCUCACCUCUCCUGGAGCAGCACCCCCACUUCCUUCUCCCUCUAAGGAGGAGGAAGGGCUGAGGGCCCAGGUGCGGGACCUGGAGGAGAAACUGGAGACUCUGCGUCUGAAACGGUCAGAAGACAAGGCGAAGCUGAAAGAGCUGGAGAAGCAUAAGAUCCAGCUGGAGCAAGUGCAGGAAUGGAAGAGCAAGAUGCAGGAGCAGCAGGCAGACCUGCAGCGGCGCCUCAAAGAGGCGCGGAAGGAAGCCAAGGAGGCGCUGGAGGCAAAGGAGCGCUACAUGGAGGAGAUGGCAGACACAGCUGAUGCCAUUGAGAUGGCCACUCUGGACAAGGAGAUGGCUGAAGAGCGGGCUGAGUCCCUGCAGCAGGAGGUGGAGGCGCUGAAGGAACGUGUGGAUGAGCUCACCACAGACUUGGAGAUCCUCAAGGCUGAGAUUGAAGAGAAAGGCUCAGACGGGGCUGCAUCAAGCUACCAGCUCAAGCAGCUGGAAGAGCAGAAUGCCCGCCUAAAGGACGCCCUGGUGAGGAUGCGAGAUCUCUCCUCCUCAGAGAAGCAGGAGCAUGUGAAGCUCCAGAAGCUCAUGGAGAAGAAGAACCAGGAGCUGGAGGUUGUGAGGCAGCAGCGAGAGCGUCUUCAGGAGGAGCUGAGCCAGGCGGAGAGCACCAUCGAUGAGCUUAAGGAGCAGGUCGACGCUGCGCUGGGUGCCGAGGAGAUGGUGGAGAUGCUGACUGACCGGAACCUGAAUCUAGAAGAGAAAGUUCGGGAACUGCGGGAGACUGUGGGGGAUUUGGAAGCAAUGAACGAGAUGAAUGACGAGCUGCAGGAGAAUGCGCGUGAGACAGAGUUGGAGCUCCGUGAGCAGCUGGACAUGGCAGGGGCCCGAGUUCGGGAGGCCCAGAAGCGUGUGGAAGCAGCCCAGGAGACAGUUGCUGACUACCAGCAGACCAUCAAGAAGUACCGCCAGUUGACCGCACACCUGCAGGAUGUCAACCGGGAGCUGACGAACCAGCAGGAAGCGUCUGUGGAGAGACAGCAGCAACCACCUCCCGAGACUUUUGAUUUCAAAAUCAAGUUUGCCGAGACCAAGGCUCAUGCCAAGGCCAUUGAGAUGGAGUUGAGACAGAUGGAGGUGGCUCAGGCCAACCGGCACAUGUCUCUGCUGACGGCCUUCAUGCCUGACAGCUUCCUCCGGCCAGGCGGAGACCAUGACUGUGUCCUGGUGCUGCUGCUCAUGCCCCGCCUCAUAUGCAAGGCAGAGCUCAUCCGGAAGCAGGCCCAGGAGAAGUUUGACCUAAGCGAGAACUGUUCUGAGCGGCCUGGGCUCCGAGGAGCUGCUGGGGAGCAGCUGAGCUUUGCUGCGGGCCUGGUGUACUCGCUGAGUCUGCUGCAGGCCACGCUGCACCGUUAUGAGCAUGCCCUCUCUCAGUGCAAUGUGGACGUGUAUAAGAAGGUGGGCAGCCUCUACCCUGAGAUGAGUGCCCACGAACGCUCCUUAGAUUUCCUCAUUGAGCUGCUGCACAAGGAUCAGCUGGACGAGACUGUCAACGUGGAGCCCCUCACCAAGGCCAUCAAGUAUUACCAGCAUCUGUACAGCAUCCACCUUGCUGAACAGCCCGAGGAUUCCACCAUGCAGCUGGCUGACCACAUCAAGUUCACCCAGAGUGCCCUGGACUGUAUGAGCGUGGAGGUGGGGCGACUGCGUGCCUUCCUGCAGGGUGGGCAGGAGGCAACAGAUAUCGCCCUUCUUCUCCGAGACCUGGAAACGUCUUGCAGUGACAUCCGCCAGUUCUGCAAGAAGAUCCGUAGGCGAAUGCCGGGGACAGAUGCUCCUGGGAUCCCGGCAGCCCUGGCCUUCGGAUCACAGGUAUCCGACACGCUCCUCGACGGCAGGAAGCACUUGACGUGGGUGGUGGCUGUUCUGCAGGAGGUAGCAGCUGCUGCCGCCCAGCUUAUCGCCCCGCUGGCAGAGAAUGAAGGGCUGCCUGUGGCGGCCCUGGAGGAGCUGGCUUUCAAAGCAAGCGAGCAGAUCUACGGGAGCCCCUCCAGCAGCCCCUAUGAGUGUCUGCGCCAGUCAUGUACCAUCCUCAUCAGCACCAUGAACAAGCUGGCCACAGCCAUGCAGGAGGGCGAGUACGAUGCAGAGCGGCCACCCAGCAAGCCUCCUCCGGUUGAACUUCGGGCUGCAGCCCUGCGUGCGGAGAUCACAGAUGCUGAAGGUCUGGGCUUGAAGCUUGAAGACCGAGAGACGGUUAUCAAGGAGUUAAAGAAGUCGCUUAAGAUUAAGGGGGAGGAGCUGAGUGAGGCCAAUGUGCGGCUGAGCCUCUUGGAGAAGAAGCUGGACAGCGCUGCCAAGGAUGCAGACGAGCGCAUCGAGAAAGUCCAGACUCGGCUGGAGGAGACUCAGACCCUGCUGCGGAAGAAGGAGAAAGACUUCGAGGAGACCAUGGAUGCGCUCCAGGCUGACAUCGACCAGCUGGAGGCAGAGAAGGCCGAGCUAAAGCAGAGGCUGAGCAGCCAGUCCAAGCGCACAAUUGAGGGGCUCCGGGGCCCCCCUCCCUCAGGCAUCGCUACCCUGGUCUCUGGCAUUGCUGGUGGGGCCACUCCUGGGCAGGCUCCAGGCGCCUUGCCAGGCCCGGGGCUGGUGAAGGACUCGCCACUGCUGCUUCAGCAGAUCUCUGCCAUGAGGCUGCACAUCUCUCAGCUCCAGCAUGAGAACAGCAUCCUCAAAGGAGCCCAGAUGAAGGCGUCAUUGGCCGCUCUGCCCCCUCUGCACGUUGCGAAGCUUUCUCUCCCACCCCAUGAGGGCCCUGGUGGUGAGCUAGUGGACGGGGCCCUGUAUCGCAAGACCAGCCAGCUAUUGGAGACGCUGAAUCGGCUGAGCACGCACACCCAUGUAGUGGAUAUCACUCGAGCCAGUCCAGCUGCCAAGAGCCCAUCAGCUCAGCUUAUGGAACAAGUAGUUCAACUCAAGUCCCUGAGCGACACCAUUGAGAAGCUCAAGGAUGAGGUCCUCAAGGAGACAGUAACGCAGCGUCCCGGAGCUACUGUCCCCACUGACUUUGCCACCUUCCCUUCAUCAGCCUUCCUCAGGGCCAAGGAAGAGCAGCAAGAUGACACAGUCUACCUGGGCAAAGUGACCUUCUCGUGUGCGGCAGGCCUAGGACAGCGACACCGCCUGGUGCUGACCCAGGAGCAGCUGCGCCAGCUUCACGGUCGCCUCAUCUCCUAAGCUCCUUCCCUGCUAUCCCCUGACCCGCAGCCCCUGGCACCACUGUCCAGUGCACAGCCGCCUCAGCCACUCCUAGGUUGAAUCCGUGGGCUAAAGCUCUUGCCUGGGUCAGCUUUGCCAGGUCUGGUCAGGGUCCUGCUGCUUCCGUAAUCUGGGUUUGCCUAUCCACCCUGGCCUCUUCCUUAAUUUGCUGAUCAGCUGCUCCCUCUUUCCUGAGGGGCCUCAGGGUAUUGGGGGGGGCAUUGGAGCGGGGGCUGAUACCCCUCCACUCAAGAUGGAGUGAGGUCGCCCUGACUGGGGACUUCACCCCUUGAUUAAAGCAUCUUGUACUUCA